ACCGCCGGCAUGGUAUAUCGUUUCGAAAGCGACCACAAGCGAACGAAAAUGAUCAAAGCGCUCCUACUACUCACACUCGCCGGCGUCUGCCUCAGCGAGAAGCAAGUGAAACAACAAUAUGUCGACCCCUUCGCGGCUCUCGACAAGCACAUCAGCCACACUCUCGCCUACCACUACCUCUGGCCAUGGAGUCAACUCAUGAAGGCUGCAGCGGUCCUCGACGAAGAUGCAUUCGAUGAACCCCAGAUCGUCUCGGACACGGAGAAGCUGGAAGUCAACAUGAACGUGAAGAGGUUCAAGCCUGACGAGCUAAGAGUCAAGGUGAAGAACCGGAACAUCAUAGUGGAGGGAAAACAUAAGCUCGAUGGCGACAAUAGGUUUAUGGCGAACCACUUCGUGCAGCGGUUCGUGCUGCCACCUGGAAGCAAGCAGGAGGAAGUUACCGCCGUGCUGAAGGAGAAUGGAAUACUGACCGUGUCCGUUCCGAGACACGAAGUCCCACCACCGCCACCGGAAAGAGUUGUGCCAAUAGAAGUAAAAUUACCGGUUAAAGAAAAAGAAGAACAGCCUGAGAAGAAAACUGAGAAGCCUAAGAAACCAACUGAAGUAACAAAAGCACCAGAACUGGCGAAGGAGCCGGAGAAAGUAACAGAAGUAACGGAGAAGAAAGAAGAGUCCGUCGCAACGACGUCUGCUACUCCUCUGGAGCAGCUAGAACUCGUCGAGGCGACCACUCACGUCGGCAAGAUCAGGAAGAAGGAACUGAAGGAGUCAUCGAAGACAGUCAAAGACAAUGAAGUGACAAAGGGGGUGGAUGGAAAUGGAUUGGACUACGCACUGAUCGAGUCUGAGUGAAUAAUGUUAUAAUUCCAUUUGUGCCAAAAGACUGAUUGAAAGUACGCGCGAGCUUUAAACCGGGGUUUCUUGGGAAGGAAAUAUGACAACCAUUCUUUGUGAGAUUAUUCUGGUCGCAGCCGUGUUGUGUUGUGAUUUAUAUUAGGUUAUUUGUUGUUGCGAAUAAAGAUGUUAUUUAGUGUAAUA